UAUUCUUUUUGAAUAUUUUUCUCUAAAAAAAAUUCCAAUUUCUUCGUCAAAAAGGCAAUUGUCAUAUAAAAAAUUCGAUUAUUCAUCUUCGACCGAAUUUUUCACCGUCGAUUCUAGUUCCGAUAAUUGACGAUUUCAUCGAAAUCGGAAAUUCGAAUCAAUCAACUUUGAUCGGUUUUUGUUUUAGAUCAGAUCUGUAAAAGUCAUGGGAGGUUUCGUAUCGAGAUUCUGGUUCAUGAUGUUUCCAGCGAAAGAGUACAAGAUCAUUGUUGUUGGAUUGGAUAAUGCUGGAAAAACGACGACGCUUUAUAAGUUGCAUCUGGGUGAGGUGGUUACUACCAACCCUACUGUUGGUAGUAAUGUUGAGGAGCUUGUUUAUAAGAACAUUCGAUUUGAGGUCUGGGAUCUUGGUGGGCAAGAAAGACUGAGGACAUCAUGGGCAACUUACUAUCGUGGAACUCAUGCUGUCAUCGUAGUUAUCGAUAGCAGUGACAGAGCCCGUAUUUCCACUAUGAAAGACGAGCUGUUCAGGUUGCUCCCACACGAGGAACUGCAAAAUGCAGUUGUACUAGUCUUUGCAAACAAACAGGAUCUUAAAGAUGCCAUGACCCCUGCAGAGAUAACUGAUGCACUUUCCCUUCAUAGCAUCAAGAACCACGAUUGGCAUAUACAAGCCUGCAGUGCCCUGACUGGUGACGGUUUAUACGAUGGUUUAGGAUGGAUUGCACAGAAAGUUCCUGGCAAAACACCAACCUAGACGUCGUUAGACAAAGGGAAUUGUUCUUUUUCUGUAUUCACAGAACUAAUAUGAAACUCCACGCCCUUGCUGUAAGUUUUUAUGUGUAGUUCAUACUCUUUACCAUAUACAUUUCCUUGAAGAGCUACUGGUUUUGGUACAUCUGAACCUUUUCUAAUAGCUGUGACAAUCGACUCCUGCAAGGAUAUACAAGAUUUGAAUAUUCUGCAUUGCAAAGUUUAUAUCA